AUGAUGAGGGAAUAUACGACCCCAGAGCCACUUGCGACCCUGUCUGUGAUCGACCCCGAACUUAAAUCCCUUAUCCUAGCAACCCCUUCGAGACCAAAUAGGGAAUCUACCAUAGAGGAAAGUCGAAAUGCAAUUGCCAGUUCACUUGCAAGAAUCAUUGGCAACGUCAAUCGGAGUCAGGUACAAGAAAUACUCAUGCGCGACGGGCAUGCCAGUGAAGUUCGGAUCUACCAUCCUGAGAUUCUACGGCCUCGAGAGAAAACGCCGCUAAUUAUUCUUAUUCACGGCGGGGGCUUCAUUCUCGGUGACAACAAGCAGCUCAACCCGUAUGCUCGCGCGAUGUCCACUCUUCUUGAUGCCACUGUGGUGUCAUUUUCAUAUUGCCUCGCCCCAGAAUUCAAGUUUCCUAUCGCCGCGUACGAUUGUUGGGAUAGUCUGUGCUGGAUUGCAAAACAUGCGGCUGAGAUGGGUGCCGAUCCCACUACCGGUUUCAUUCUCGGGGCUCCGAUCUUGAAUGGCGACAGUAUUCGAAACAUGUACGAUCUUGUCGGCGUUGAUGUUUUGUCGCCCGACUUUUCGCCUUUCAAUGUUUCUGGAACUCAAACUGGGAUGCCGCCUACUUACUUCCAAGUGGCCGGCGCUGAACCUCUGAGAGAUGAUGGUUUAAUCUAUGAGCGAGUUUUGAAAGAACGUGGUGUUCCCACUCGUCUGAGAGUUUACCCGGGUGCCCCCCUCAUGGACAAUACUCUGAGUGGCCGGAUGCAAAGAUCUCGCACAAGUGGGAUUUUGAUGUGA